CGAGCGCAUGUAGUCGUGGUUGAGCGGUAUCAAAGUGCGUUUCUCUAGAGGUUUUUUCCAUAUUUACGUAUAAAAAAUGGUGAAAUGUGCAGUUCGAUUUUGUAAGAAUGAUACUAGAAACCACACAAAAUUGAAAUCCACCAUUACAUUUCAUCAAUUCCCAAAAGAUCGAAACUUGAUGAAAAAGUGGAUUACUGCUUUAAAUCAAGCAAAUUUUGAGCCGAACAUAUGGAAUAAAGUUUGUUCAGUACACUUUCUUGAUUCCAAUUUCUAUGAAACAAAAAAAGGGCUACGCAAAUUAAUAAGUACAGCUGUCCCAUCGCUUUUUCUUGUUCCAACUACACCUUCUGAUCAUAAUUCCCCAGCAGCAGCGUCAUUUAAUUCUGGUAAAAUAACUGUACCUUUUGGGCAACACCAACCUUCUACUUCUACUUUAAACGAUAACGAUUCAGAAAUACCUCCAAAUGUAGAAGAUACCCCAAGAAUACGAAAAUUGAAAAAAGAAAUAAUUCGAUUGAAAGACGUAGCUAAACGCCGCCGAAUGCGAUGCAACGCCCUCUAUGCAACAUGUCGGCGUUUGAAAAAAAAAGUAGAGAACUUGUCGCAAAUACUCACCAAGUUGAAACAAAAGAGAUUAAUUCCUCAAGAGUAAUUUGACCUUCUAGAAUCGUGCGGAGUUUCUGCAGCAGCUCUCAUUAAGAGAAUAAUCAAUAAAGGCCAAGAAUAUUCACCAGAUCUCCGAAUGUUUACGCUAAGGCAUACAUAAAUAAGAAAUAUAAUAUGUGAUAAAUAUUCUGUUUGAUAUACUCAGUUCUCGAAAAAGAGAAUGCCCAAAUUUGUAUGGGCUGCGGUUAGAUGAUACUGAGAUGAUAUGAUAUUCUAUUUAAUGUAGGUACAUAGAAGAAUUACUUUUUAUUAAGAAGGGUUAGGUAUAAGGUCUACCAUACUAAAAUAAAACACAAAUAAAUA